AAAAUUUGUCCUACUACCUAUUUUGAUAUUGACUGUGAACUUAGUAAAUGCACAGAUAUCUUCUCCAAACGAAGCACUUGGCCCUCAAGGUCCAAGAGGUGAUCCUGGACCACCUGGACCUGAAGGUGGGAUUGGAGCACCAGGUCCUCGUGGUCCCCAAGGUCCACCAGGCAUAGAUGGUGAACGAGGACCAGCAGGACCUGCUGGCACACCUGGUACACCUGGUCGUGAUGGAAGACCUGGAGUUCCGGGGGUACAAGGUUCCCCAGGACCUCAAGGAAUUGUUGGACCGCCAGGAGAACCUGGAAGUGAAGGAAGUCCUGGGCCACAAGGCUAUCAAGGUCAAGCAGGCGAUAAAGGUGAUACAGGCUUUGAUGGACACAAAGGCUCACAAGGACCCAUGGGACCUCAAGGACCUCAAGGUCCAAUGGGUCCUGCUGGUCCACCGGGGCCAAUCGGCCCACCUGGCCCACCAGGUCCAAGAGGUGAAUCUGGACCAACUGGAAGAGUCGGUGCAGUAGGACCACAAGGACCAAUGGGAAGUCCUGGAAGACCAGGUUCAUCUGGACCUGCUGGACAAAAAGGCGAUCGUGGUUUGACUGGUGCUAAAGGAGAGAAAGGUGAAAAAGGUCCUACUGGACCACCUGGACAUCCUGGAUUGAGUAAAGAGCGAGGAAUUCAGGGUGAAAUGGGUCAUGAUGGCCGUCCAGGUGUCCGAGGUGAACCAGGUCAAAGAGGACCUGAAGGAUCUAUGGGUGUAUCAGGACGACCAGGUGAAAGAGGCACAAUGGGACGUUCAGGACUUCAAGGUCCUAAAGGUGCACAAGGAGAACCGGGUUCAGUUGGAGUAGAAGGACCAACAGGACCCCAAGGUCCAAAGGGUGAGAAAGGCCAGUUGGGACGUCCAGGUGAACGUGGAGAAACUGGACCUCGGGGAGAACGUGGAUUAGCAGGACCAAUAGGAAUAAAGGGUGCACAAGGCGAACUCGGAAUGGCUGGAAGCCCUGGAAGUCCAGGUCUUGAUGGACAGCCUGGACUUGCAGGAAGUCCUGGGGAGCCUGGUGCUCCAGGUGAACAAGGUCUUCCAGGUCCUCCUGGUCCACCUGGACGUCCAGGUCUAGAUGGAGCACCUGGUGUUCGUGGUGAAAAUGGUGCCCAUGGAAUGAACGGAGUGCCUGGAGUGAAAGGAGGAUCAGGACCAGUGGGGCCGGUUGGGUUACCUGGAGCAAGUGGAACACCUGGACAUGCUGGACCAAUGGGACCUAUGGGUCAAGUAGGACCAAGAGGACCAACAGGUGCUAUAGGACCUGUUGGUGAACAAGGACUUAAAGGUGCAACUGGAUUACCAGGUGGUCAUGGUGACAGUGGAGAUAUAGGUGAUCCUGGACCUGAUGGAGAAACUGGCCCAGAAGGUCCUGCAGGUGCUGUUGGCCCACCAGGACUACCAGGUCCAGUAGGAGAUCAAGGUCCUGAAGGUCCUGUAGGUGCUUCUGGACCACCUGGACCAGCAGGUUAUGAUGGUCCACCUGGAGCGGAUGGAAAAGAUGGAUUGGCUGGCAAGGAUGGUAAACCUGGUCCUCAAGGCCCACCAGGUGAGCCAGGCGCUGUAGGCAAACCUGGUCGAAGAGGUGAUCGUGGACCGCCUGGACCACAGGGUAAAAGAGGCAAAAAAGGUCAAGAGGGUGUAAUGGGACCACCAGGAGUCUAUGGUGUUAUCGGUUUAGUCGGUGUACCUGGUCCAAAUGGAGAAACUGGAGUUGAUGGUGCAGCUGGUGAUCCAGGACUUCCUGGCCUUCCGGGUACCGAUGGUCGUCUGGGUUUACGUGGACAACCUGGACUACGUGGUCCACCUGGACUUCCGGGUGUAGUCAAGGUUCAAGCUGCCACCGCUGGUGGGACAGGAUUGCCAGGCGACCGUGGGCAUCCAGGUCCUUAUGGCCCUAGUGGAGAACCAGGAGCUAAAGGUGCGGCGGGAGAGAGAGGGCUUCCGGGUGAUGUUGGUGAUCCAGGAGAUCGAGGUCUUUCAGGCCCACCUGGGCCCCCAGGACCAGAUGGCCAACCAGGAAUCGAUGGAGAAGAUGGUCCAGACGGUGUUCCAGGGGAUGACGGGCCACCUGGUCCUCCAGGGCCAUUUGGUGAACCUGGUCCAGCUGGAGAACAAGGUCCACAAGGUCCACCGGGAAAUAAAGGUGCAAUGGGAAUGACAGGUCCUCGAGGAGAAACUGGUCAAAGAGGUGCACCUGGGCCAAUAGGAGCAACAGGAGACGUUGGAGAACCUGGUCUGACUGGACCUCCAGGGUUAAACGGAAAUGUGGGGAGAAAGGGACCAACUGGUCAGCGUGGACCUCCUGGAGUAAGAGGAAAACCAGGAGAGCCAGGAGAGCCUGGUAAGCCUGGGGAAGCAGGCCCACAUGGUUACCCGGGAUUCAUGGGACCUCCAGGUGAACCAGGUCCAGAAGGCCCACCUGGUAGCGAAGGCAGUGAGGGUCCACCGGGAGAACAAGGACCACCUGGUAGGUACGGAGAAGUUGGUGAGAUUGGUGAUCCGGGUGACCCGGGACCACCUGGGCGUGCUGGACCACCAGGCCGCCGAGGACCUGCUGGUUUCCCAGGUGCCAGAGGUCCACCAGGAGAAGUUGGUAAACCAGGAGAACCUGGACCUGUUGGUUCCAUUGGACGUGCUGGUAUGCGCGGACCUCGUGGAGCAGUCGGCGGUGUAGGAGUUGCUGGAAGCAAGGGUGAGCCAGGACUUGCAGGUGCUGCUGGGUCUCCUGGAGAACCAGGACCUAGAGGUGAUUCUGGACAACCAGGUCUUCCAGGAAAAGAUGGUCGUCCGGGCAAACAAGGAGAGCCAGGCCCGAAAGGAGCUCCAGGUGGGAAGGGACCAAUCGGCCCACCAGGACCUCCAGGUUUGGACGGUCCUAUGGGUUAUCCAGGUGAUCAAGGACCAAGAGGUCCUCCAGGCCCAAUAGGGGAAACAGGACCGAUGGGCCCAAGAGGUUCACGAGGUGAUCGAGGAGAUCCUGGUGAAGUUGGCCCACUUGGACCUCCAGGAAGAGAUGGUGAUUUGGGACCCCCUGGUCCACAAGGACCAUCUGGUCCUCCAGGUCUACCUGGUCCACCUGGUCAGAUAGUAUCAAUGCAAGCUCGAGCCUCAAGAACCAAGGGAAUAAUGUAUAGCGAUGACCCUGCAAUUAAAAGAAGAUUUGGAAAUAUCGCCGCAAAUGUGCCAUUGGGAACAGUGGAUUCUCCGGCUAGAACUUGCGCACACCUAGCAAGUAUACAUCCAAAUAAACCAGACGGUGAAUACUGGAUUAAUCCUAUUGGUGAUAUCGUGAGUAGCUCAGUUAAAGUGAAUUGUCGUAUGAAAACUAGAGAAACUUGUAUUAAACCGAAACAAGACAAAAUUUCAGUGGAUAAACUAUCGCCUUCCCUUGUAGGCAGUCAAUUCUGGCUUCAACAUAAAACUCAAGUGAAUGAGUUCAAUUAUGCCAUAGAUCCAGAACAGCUUAAUUUCUUAAAGAUAACAAGUGACGCUGCUGUACAACGAAUCUAUUUCUCAUGUACAGGCUUAUUGAAGUCAGAAUCUAAUUCUACGGCAUCAUUAGCUGAAAGUAUUAGUCUACUAGGAG